GGGAGGUCUGGGCCAAAUUCUCUUGAAGGUGUUUCUGUCCAGCAUGUCUGCCCAGAAAUGGGGGGCAGGAUAGGGCCCAAUGGGGCAAUUGGGGUGCACCUGCCCACCCCAGCAGGCCGCCCAAUGCUUCUCUCCCCCUCCCUCCACUCCCUAGCUCUACGAGAUCCUUGAGAAGACAACAUUUGGCCAUGAAAGGAGAAGGCUGUUUGGGAUACAGCAGCUGUGGUCUGAGAACGUCUUCAACACUGUGUUUCCUCUACAUGAUGGCCCCUUCCAAAUCCCUCUACGGGGACUGGCCCCUAAGGAAAUGAAUCAACAUCAAAUCCUCUACCAUAACUGGGCCAAGUAGAGCAAAUGGAUGAAAUACCAGUCCCUGGAUCAUGUCCGAAGGCACUUUGGAGAGAAGAUAACCCUCUACUUUGCCUGGCUGGGUUGCCUUCAUAACAUGGCUCCUGACAGCCAUCAUCCUGUACCAGACAGUGGUCUCCAUCUUGGUGUCCAAAGCCACAAAUAUCUUCCUCCUGAAAUGGAUGAGGAAACUGAGGCUCAGAAUUUAAGUGACUUGCCCAGAGUCUCCGAUACUUGCUAGUGAAGGGAAUGUGAACUUACGUCUUCCCGAAUCCAAGUCUUUUAACUGCCUCACCAGCCUGUAUGAAGGAGGGAGGAUGUUUUCCCAGCAUCAUUAGCAGAGAAGAUCAACUUGAUCAGCAACCUGUAAGAUGGCCCAGGUCACCACGGCUUCUGAGCCCCCUGUCAUCUCCACAUCAUCAGUUUUGAUUCUAAAAUUCAGGCCAGGCUCCUCUCAAAUGGGGAAAUGCUGGUCAUCACGACGGGGAAACAGAUCUUGUGCAAGCUGUUGGAAAUUCUCCUCCCGUGAGCAGCGCCUAGAAUGACAGCUGGAGCGUCAGGCUUGGAGUCAGGAAGACUCAUGUUCAAAUCUCCCCUCCAGCAUUUGCUGCCAUGUGACCUCAGUCGGGUCAUUUGCCAUUUCGGUUUCCUUGUCUAUGAAAUGAAAGAGCUGGAGUAAAUUAUCUCCAACAUUCUGUAAUUCUGAGCAACAGGCCUGAUUUAGGCCUAGAAAGCAAAGGAUGGCCCGCAUUGUCCCUUAACUCCAGCACUACGGACAUCCUGCUCUCGCCUCACCAGUGCUAGGGGCUCAUCCAGAGAACCCAUCAUCUGGACCUCACUACUCUAACGGGACUUGUCCAGAAUACUGAAGAUUUACUUCACAAAGUGUUUUCCAUACCUCGUCUCAUCUGAUUCUCAUAACACUCCUGUGUGGUGGUGCUACUGGUAUUAGUCUCCCCAUUUGACAGAUGAGAAAACUGAGGCACAGAGAAGACGGACUCACCUGGGACCUCACAACUAAAGAUGUGUCAGACCUGGCAUACUGUACCCACUGGUAUGGCCUUCCAGAGCCCAAAGGCACCUCCACCUUCUGUGACACAACAGAAGAGGGUGACAGGGACAGGAGAUACUCAUCACUGAUGACUUCUGCUUGCCUGGAUAGAUGGUGGGGGUACUGGAAGGCAGACUGGCUUUGGGUCAGAGGAUCAGGACUUGAGAAGCGGCCCCGCAGCCUCAGGUGAGGUGCCUGACCUCUCUGCCCCAUGACUUCCCUUGCCAAUGCUUUGAUAGAGUUUGGAUUCAUCACCAUUUUUGUGGCUGCCUGCCCGCUUGCGCCGCUGUUUGCCCUCCUCAACAAUCGGCUCGAGAUGCAUCUUCAUGCCCACAAGUUCGUCCAGCGGUACCGGUGCCCCGUGGCACAAAAAGCCCACAGCGUUGGCAUCUGGUUUUGUCUCCUGCAGGUCAUGACCCAUGUGGCUGUUUUCAGUAAGGCCCUCCUUAUCCCCUUCACCUCUGACUUCCUGCAAAGGACCUAUGAGCAGCACAUCCAGUCUAACGACCUCCGAGGCCACAUCAGCUUUACCCUGACAUGGGCCCCCAAGGCGGCUGUCUCCAAAUACAAGGACACAUGCAGAUUCUUUUUGAGACAAACCAGGCCAAAGAUCAAGAAAUUAAAUUGGAAUCUGAAAAUCAGGGGAGCCAGCACCCAUUUAAUAAGCAGAAAUGGCAGCGAGCUUCGCCCGUGGCAAAGCACUCAGGAGAGGAGCUUGAUCUGGGAACAAAACAAGGUCUCCAGGCUACUGUUCCUGACUCGAUUUCAAGGACCAAGGUCACCGAUCAGGAAACGGCCAGCCAAGAAGGUCCUGAUGGCCAUCCAGAGGAGCAGAGUGCCCCCCAAGAGGGACACACCUGCCGGGCUCUGAACCAAAGGAGCCAUACCACAAUUCCAUCCUGACAUGCAAACAACACUCACUGCACUGUGGCAAGACUCCUGCCCCAUCCCACUCAGGCAUCCUGAGCAGCAUGGGAAGAAACAGCAACAGUGCAGUGUAUGGAAGCCCACUCACUCGUACGACUCUGUUACCAAGAGAUCUCAGAUAACCUGCCAAGGUCACUGCUUGGGCCAGAGUUGAAGUCCCCUGGUUUCUGUUGGACAGCAGUCUAUAUGGGCCACUGGGUUAGAAAAUGCCAGUAGCAAGUGGGUCACAGAGAGCAGAGCCUGACCUUCCUUGGAGGAAGGUCAAACCGUGUCCAACGAGGGAUGCUCAGUCACUGUGACUCAGAAAGAUGAUCUGAAGCCCUGGCUCCUGCCUUUUUUUCCCUCUCCAAUUCUAGGGAAAAACAAAAACAGGCUUCUAGGGUUUUCUAAGCAAGGUAAGGGGGUUGUUUUUAAACAUAUUUUGUGCAGACUUAAAUUUCAAAUAAGUGACUAAAGAUCACCAACCAAUAGUCUCGGGUUCCUGUGGCCCUCGGAGUGCUGGGACCUGGAGAAGUCCUGGGGGCCUCUGCCCAGGACCAGCACCUAACCCGGGGUUAGAGGAAGCACAGCCAGGACACGGUGGGGCCUGGCUCAAACACAUUUCUAACCAACGGUGCAGUGGCACUCAUUCAAGAAGACCCAGGCCUUUCCGCAAAUGUGGAAUUAAAGCUUCUUAGUAACAGCGGACAUUCUCCUUCCUUCCUUCCUUCCUUCCAGAAAGCCUUGAUCAAGGGAUCAUGUCAUUUCAGAUGAGGAAAACGAGAUUCCUGAUUUGCCCGAGGGCCACAUGGCCAGCCUGAAUUCAGAGUCAGCUCUCUUCAGACUCCACAUCUGGCCUUCUCUCGCCAUGUUCUACACUGAGCACACUUAGGUCCAAAUUUCAGAUAUCCAAAUUUUCAACUGAAAAGUGAGCCAGGAGGGCACAAGAGUCAGGCGUGUGAAGUCUCACCCUCACCCGUAAUGGCCAUGUGACCUCUCAUGUCCUGGCUCUGAGUUAGCAGAAAUAGGAGGAGGAGGAGGAGGAGGAGAAUCCUUGGGGGCUACGCCCACAAAGACAAUCUCAGGUCCAGACCCCAGCCAUCCCCAAAUAAAUAAUCAUGUCCUCCCGACUCCCUAAAGCGAGGGGCCUAGAAGGAAGCACUCAAACCUCCUUUUCCAAACAUUUGUCCUGAGGUAAGGACAGGCUUCUACUUUUACUCAAGUCUUUGCCAAGGGUCAUUACCCACUGCUGCAUCACGGACCCUACACACAGUCUCAGGAAACUGAUGAACCCUUUCUCAGAAUCAUAUUUUCAAAUGUGUAAAAAUGAAUAGGAUUACAAAGAAAAUCAAUUAUACAGAAAUUGUCAAUUAAAAAAACUCAUUCAUAGACCCAGGUUUGCUGUUAACACUUAACAUUAAUAUAGUGUUCACUUUGUGCCACGCACUGUGCUAAGUGCUUUACAGUUAUCAGCUGGUCCUCACAAUGACCUAGGAAGGAGGUGCUGGUGUUACCCGUAUUUAACAGAAGAGAAAACUGAGGCAAACAGUCGAAAUGACUUGGCUGGAUUUAAACUUGGGUCUUCUUGAUUCCAGCUACCCCUUCUCCACAAUCCCUUGAGUCAGUCACAGUAGGUAUCACAAUUAAUAUUUACAUUGCACUUUAAAUGUGUUUUCUCAUUAAGGAUCAAGAAAUAGGUCCAAGACCUUUCUCUCCCCUGCCCCACUCUAAGCGGAUUAAACAAAAAUCUCAA